AUGGCCAUCCCCCUUUACAAGCACGCAGCGAAUAUAUCCAGGCUCAACUUCUCGGCGCUCCCAGAUACGGUAAAGGAGGCCUUCGACUUUCUUGAAUCGAAGGUGAACUCCUCAGAGAUCGUGGUCUUGUCCAGUGAGGAGUUCUCUACGUUUACCAGCGAAGCCUGGCGGCUCUUCCGGUCUCAGCUGGUCACAAAGAGCUGCUUGUCUGCGGUGGUUCUGCAUCGGGAUGCUCCUCGCUGGAUUGCGGCUGGCUGGUCACAAAAGAACAAGCGCACCAGCAAUCCGACAACCUUGUCAUCGGAGUUCGCCAAGCUUGGAAAGCAGACGACAGAUGCUCAUGGAGAUUCUGACCCCCAGCUAAAGCUGCUCAACACACUGAAGGACAAUUUUCCACAUGUGGCGGCUGCCUCUUACGACUACCUGUCUGAGGUGAACUGUAGCAUUGCUGCCUUCCUGGUAUGCAAUGUCAGUCUUGGCUUGACGGGCCCAAAGUGGACGCAUUGCCGGGACUUAGCAAACAACCGUUCGACAGCGCGCCCGAACACGUCUCCGCCUCAUGCAGCGAUUGAUGUCGUGCGACUGGCGCGGAUAUUUUACCAGUUGAAGCUGGCGGCACGAAAGAACCCAAAAGACUGCCGGCCCUGGCCCAGCUUGGACGUAAGCAGCGCGAAGAAGCAAAGGGCGCACCCGGAGAAGGCCACGACGGCCC